UGUGAGGAGGAUUCACCUUGGACUGAAUAAGAACUUUCUAGGGAAGACAGAAGUGAUCGUUUCAGAGUCCUGGGGUAUUAGUUGAAAAGAAAGUCUGAUUUGACCUUUGAUCCUGUGGACAAACAGACAUUUAUUGUCAUCAUGGAUGGGGAAUUGCCCAGCCAGGAGACAUCUGGGUCUACAGAGACCACUAGUCAGACUGACACCAACAACAACAACCAGACUGAUGAGCCAGAGCUGGAGGAGAGUAAAGACCCAGGGAAGGAGCCUCCAGCAGGGGAGACAGUGGAAGGUCUGGGGGUAAUGAAAGUGGGGGAGAAAGGGGAAGAGAAUGCAGUACUAGAGCCGGUAGGAGAAGGGGAGGCCAGUGCUGGAGAUAAAGACAAGCCCCAGACUCCUCCAUCAGAGCAUGUUGAAGGUGACGCUGAAGAGGCUGGAAAUUCAGAAGACAAAGCCUCCACUGACGCUGAUGUGAAAGAUCCUGAACCGACAAGUGGAGAAAAAGAUGGGGAGGGAGAGAGGGAGGGAGAGAGGGAGGAAGAGAAGAAAGGUCGGCAGGUGGAAGAGGUCAAGAGUUGCGAGACUGAGAGAGAUGGAGAGGAGAUGACAGACAAAAACAAAGAGAAAAAGAAGAGUAAAACAGAGGGAAAGGCGAAAGAAGCAGAAAGAGAUAUCGAGGAAAAGACAGCAAAAGAGGCAGAGAAGAAAAAAGUUGAGGAAGUUGACAUAGAAACGAAAGACAAAGCAAAGAUUAAGGAGGUAGAAAAGCAAGGGAAGCCCAAAAGAAAGAGUGGUCCUCCCUCUUCUUCUGUGUCCCGACCAAGACAAUCUGUACGCUCUAUGAGAGCAGCAGCUAAACAAGACAUCAUUGCCAAGUUCCAGCAAGGUGCACCAGAGACACCAACACCCCGCAACUUCAAAGUUCAGAGGUCAUCUACAGCUGCUGCGACAGGAGCUUCAAUCAAACAGAAGAUGCUUCAGUGGUGUCGCAGCAAGACUCGCAACUAUGAUGGUGUCGACAUAGAAAACUUCUCAUCAUCCUGGUGUGACGGGUUGGCGUUCUGCGCUCUGAUCCAUCGUUUUUUUCCUGAUGCUUUUGACUACAGCUCCCUAAGUCCAAAGGAGAGGGAGAAAAACUUCACUCUGGCCUUCCAAACUGCAGAGUCCCUGGCCGACUGCUGCCCUCUGCUGGAAGUGGAGGACAUGAUCAUGAUGGGUAAACACCCGGACCCCAUGUGUGUAUUCACAUAUGUCCAGUCCCUCUGCCACAGCCUCUCUAAAAUAGAGAAAGAGAGGAAGGACAAAGAAAAGGAGGAGAAAGACAACAAAUCUGGCGAUGGGGGAGAGGAGAAAGAGAAGGGAGAGGUGUCACCGGAGAGGGGCGAGUCUGCUGAGCACGGGGCGAUGGAGAGCCAAGAGGAGCAACAGGGAGAUAUUACAGAGACAGAGGGUACUGGCAAGGAAGAAAAUGCAUCAAACAGCUGUGAGAGGGAGGAGUGUUAAUCAAGACAGAGUCCUCAAAAACAGACUGACUGCAAACAGAAAGACUGAAAAGACCAAGAGGAUGGUUGAUGGUUGUGGUACUUCAAUGAGUAAGUCUUAGUUUGGUGUUGGAUUGACUACUGGCAAUGUGACUUUAAUUAGCUAUAUUUUUGAAAGUGUAUUAUGCUGUGUGUUGAUGAUUUUUUGCAUGUUUGUUUUGAGAUAAUAAAUGUUUAGUCUAAAAAAUAAUAAAAUGAUGAACUUGUGAAUUAGAAAGUUGUUUGGGCAGAAAAUAUUUGUGUUGAUGUGAUGCUCAGCCAAUAUGAAUGGGAAUGAAUGACAACAAGUAUAAUGGAUGAUCAAAUUUUCACAAUUUUGCCAGUUUGUAGUACACAAAUUGUAUUACUUUAUACAAAAGCAAUACAGUGGAUAAGAAUCCAUUGUGAUUUUGAGCCAAUAACUAUAGCAUAAUGUUUUUGUU